CCGUAGUACGGCUCAUUCCACCGGCCGAAUCUGAAGAGCAACACACCGAUUAGCGUUAGCACCGCUGCGGGAUUCAUCUACGCACUAUAGUCAUAUUGUUAAUCGGGUCUAAAAAGGCAUACACGUCAAAUAUGCCUUUGCCUGUGCAGGUUUUUAACUUUCAGGGAGCUGUGGAACCCAUGCAGAUUGAUGCAGAUCCCCAAGAGGACCAGCAGAAUGCGCCAGACAUCAACUACAUUGUGGAGAACCCAACACUGGAUCUAGAACAGUACGCGACCAGUUACGGUGGACUAAUGCGUAUCGAGAGACUCCAGUUCAUCGCGGAGCAUUGCCCACAGCUCAGAGUGGAAUCCUUGAAGAUGGCGCUGACUUUUGUCCAAAGGACUUUCAACGUUGACACUUAUGAAGAGGUCCACCGCAAGCUGUCUGAUGCCUCACGGGAAGUCCCAGGUGUACCAGAAGUAGCUCCCGAAGGUGGAGUUGUCCCUCCUCCUUUGGAUUCAGCAUGGGCAGAGUCCACCCGAAAGAAGGCUCUGCUUAAAUUGGAGAAACUGGACACUGAUCUAAAGAAUUACAAGGGGAACUCAAUUAAAGAGAGCAUUAGGAGAGGACAUGAUGACUUGGGGGAUCAUUACCUGGACUGCGGUGACCUCAGUAACGCCCUCAAGUGCUACUCUCGAGCUAGGGACUACUGCACCAGUGCUAAACAUGUCAUUAAUAUGUGUCUGAAUGUAAUCAAGGUUAGUGUUUAUCUCCAGAACUGGUCUCAUGUACUGAGCUAUGUCAACAAGGCAGAAUCCACACCCGAGAUUGCAGAGCAACGAGGAGAGCGAGACAGCCAAAAUCAAGCAGUUCUUACCAAAUUAAAGUGUGCGGCAGGCCUGGCGGAAUUGGCGUCUCGAAAAUACAAAGCAGCUGCCAAGUGCUUCCUGCAGGCUUCCUUUGACCACUGUGACUGUCCAGAGCUUUUGUCACCCAGUAAUGUAGCGGUCUACGGAGGUUUAUGCGCUCUGGCUACAUUUGACAGACAGGAGCUCCAACGCAACGUCAUCUCGAGCAGCUCUUUUAAGUUAUUUCUAGAAUUAGAACCUCAAAUUCGUGACAUCAUCUUCAAGUUCUAUGAAUCCAAAUAUGCGUCCUGUCUUAAGCUACUGGAUGAAAUGAAGGAUAAUCUUCUGUUGGACAUGUACUUGGCUCCGCAUGUCCGGACACUGUACAGCCAAAUCAGAAACAGAGCUCUUAUCCAGUAUUUCAGCCCCUACGUUUCCGCAGACAUGACAAAGAUGGCUCAGGCCUUCAAUACUACAGUGGCAGCCCUCGAAGACGAACUCACUCAACUUAUCCUGGAGGGGCUCAUUAAUGCACGCAUUGACUCCCAUAGCAAGAUUCUGUAUGCGAGGGAUGUGGACCAGAGAAGCACAACUUUUGAGAAGUCGCUCCAUAUGGGCAAAGAGUUCCAGAGACGAGCCAAAGCCAUGAUCCUCAGAGCAGCUGUGCUUCGCAAUCAAAUCCAUGUCAAGUCUCCACCCAGAGAAGGAAGUCAGGGUGAACUGACACCAGCCAACAGUCAAACAAGAAUGAGCACCAACAUGUGAGUCAGAACCUGUAGAAAGGAUCGUCUAGUCGUUUUUUCAAAAUCACUCACCUGAGUCACGUCGGUCCACCUGCCAUUUUCUUUGCUAAAGAUAUAACAACACGCAGUUUAAAGACUUUAAAGUUCUAGAUUGAGCUUUUGUAUCACAUCUCACGGAAAAAGAAAAACUGAAAUGAUGUGGAAAUAUGUUUGAGAAGAAAACGUGUGUGGAAUUUCAGCAUUUGAGCUGUUACCGGUUGGAGAUGCACUUUGCUCCGCUAGCUCUUUAUGGGGAAGACUUAUGAACUGUAACACUGUUUUAAAAUAAAAUGCCUUCCAGAAAA